CAACUCCUCGCAUGUAUGAACUGGAUGGGCGAGUUCCAAAUACUUGCAUGCAUCCCACUACAAGGCAGCAUUGCAACAAAAGAAGUUGCCGACUUGGCCGGGGUACCAGAGAAGCUGCUGUAUCGUGUUGUGCGUAUGAUGGCAACCGCAGGCUUUCUUCAGGAGCCUCAACCCGGUCAUAUCGCUCACACGGCAUUAUCGACGCCCUUGGUCACCGAUCUCUCUUGCUUAGACGCCGCAAUCUUCCUCGCCCAAAUCGCUGCCCCUACGGCGUUGCACAUGGCUUCAGCGACGCAGCGUCCUGGAGAUCCAGAGCCUGUAAAUAAGAGCGCCUACUCCAUUGCUUUCAACACGUCGCAGACGUUUGAGUUGACAUGUGUAGAGCGGACAAAGUUGCAGCGUCAAUGGUUUGCGUAUCGCCGAUGUGCUGCUGGCGAUGUUGAGGGCAGCAUGACUGAGCUUCUUGGGCGACUAAACUGGCAUAGUCUAGGCGGUGCGUAUAUAGUCGAUGUGCGUCUCGUGUGUGCCCAAUCAACAGAGGCAGCCAUUGUCCUCGCAGAGAUGUACCCAUCGCUUCGUUUCAUCGUCCAGAUGAUGGACGAGCCAGCACGCGAAAGUAAUGGCCCGGCCGGUCCGGGCAAAGUGGAGAGCUCUGGCGGGAGGAUCACAGUCCAGAAGAGGAUGCCUGGAGCGGUUCAAGGAGUGAUGAAUGCCGCCGUGUACAUUCUCCGUCUGCCCACCGCCCAACAAAUGCUUGUCGAGUUGAAUGCACAUCUGGGUGUGCUGCGUGCUAAUACCUCGGCCACCUUGAUUCUAGGACCGCCGUUACUCCCAGAGCCAGGAGCUGUAGACCGUGAUGUGGAAGUCAUCGCGCGUCAGAGGGAUCUCUACAGACUCCAACUAACGAACCAGUACGGGAUGGAGCUUGGCGAACUGGUAGAAAUCGUCAACGGGGUUGGCGACAGCGAGGGCCAUCUCAUAGUAGCUAGUAGGCUGCGUUCCCCUACCAGUACUGCCGUAGCCCUAGGAGUUAAGUACGAGGCAUAUGUAGGAGGCACUCAUGCAGCAGAUGAAGUGAUAUGA